AUGUCUUUCUUAGGUGGUUCAGAGUGCUCGACGGCAGGGAAUCCGCUUACACAGUUUACAAAACAUGUUCAAGAUGAUAAGUCACUGCAGCGGGAUAGGCUGGCUGGGACUGGGCCUGGCCGUCAAGAGACUAUGCGGUCAAGGGGGAUGAUGGGAGGACAGGAUCAUAUGAUGGAUGAAUUUCUACAACAAAACGACCAGAUGCAGCAAGGUCCGGCACAGCCAUUCGCCAUGGAACAGAUGCGCAGAGAACUAGAGAACUUCCAUCCUUCCCCGCAGAGGACGGGGUCACCCGCAUGGGCGGCAGAGUUCGACCCGGGAGAGCAAGCUCGUAUGGAGGCAGCGUUUCAGUCACCAGCUCCCGGAAUGAUGAAGGGAAACAACACCUUUCAGGCCUCAGAAUUUGCACGGUUUCAACAGAACAGAGCUGGGGCUGUUCCGGGAGCAGCAAGUCCGAUGAUGUCACAAUACCAAGGACCCAUGGCCCGAGGGUACGGCAUGGGCAUGGGUAUGGGUAUGGGCCAGAUGGGCAUGAUGGGCCCUUCAUAUAUACCUGUGUCAAUGCACCAACAGCCUCAUCAACGCCCAGCAGAACAACAAGAUGCCAAGGGCAAAGGGAGAAUGAUUGAACUUGACGACCAGAAUUGGGAAGCCCAGUUUGCCGAGAUAGACGCCUCGGGACAGGCAAACUUGGAUGAUGAGGCCAAUGCUGCCAUGGAGAAAGAACUCGAUGAUUUGGAUAGGUCAGUUCCCGCAGAAGCGAACGAAUUCGCUGAUUUUGAGAAUAUAUGGAGAAGAAUUCAAGCUGAAACCGCUGCAACUAGACAACUGGUGAACGAAGACGAGAAGAUCGAGAACAUGGCGAUGGGCGAUUUCAGCGAGUGGGAGAACUUUGAUAGUGGUCUGAAUACCCAUAACUACAGGGAUCCACAGCUUGGAGAUUAUCUAUUCGAAGACGAAAACGCGUUCAGAGCCGUUCCCAACCCAUUCGAAGAGGGAGUGCGCAUUCUCGAAGAAGGUGGAAAUCUGUCACUAGCUGCCCUUGCGUUCGAGGCCGCUGUCCAGAAAGAUUCCACCCACGUCCAAGCAUGGACCUUGCUGGGCUCCGCACAGGCUCAGAAUGAGAAAGAAAGCCCGGCUAUCAGAGCGUUGGAACAGGCGUUGAAGCUAGAUCCCAACAACCUCGAUGCACUCAUGGGCUUAGCAGUAUCCUACACCAACGAAGGUUACGACUCGACUGCCUAUCGAACGUUGGAGAGGUGGCUAUCCAUCAAAUAUCCACAGGUCAUUGAUCCUAAUGAAGUUGGAACAGACACAGAUAUGGGUUUCACUGAUCGACAUCUGCUACAUGAGAAAGUAACGGACCUCUUCAUCAAGGCGGCACAGCUCUCUCCACAUGGUGAACUCAUGGACCCCGACGUACAGGUCGGGUUGGGCGUGCUGUUCUACGGCGCAGAGGAGUACGACAAGGCGGUAGACUGCUUCUCCGCUGCUCUCGCCUCCACAGAAUCGGGUUCCUCGAACCAAAAGGGACAGGUUCACCUACUCUGGAACAGGCUGGGUGCUACUCUUGCCAACUCCGGCCGGUCAGAAGAAGCUAUCGAAGCCUACGAAAAGGCACUUACCAUCAACCCCAACUUUGUCCGCGCCCGUUACAACCUAGGUGUAUCCUGCAUCAACAUUGGCUGCUAUCCCGAAGCGGCCCAGCAUCUACUCGGCGCACUGUCCAUGCACAAAGUCGUUGAGCAGGAAGGCCGUGAACGAGCGAGGGAGAUUGUCGAGGGCGUUGACGGUAUCGAUGACGCCGAACUCGAACGCAUGAUCCACAUCAGCCAAAACCAAAGCACAAACCUGUACGACACCUUACGGCGCGUGUUCAGUCAGAUGGGCCGUAGAGAUCUCAGCGACAUGGUGGUCAGCGGAAUGGACGUCUCGGUAUUCAAGAAGGAGUUUGAUUUUUAA